AACCCAGAAGAUAUUGAGAGGUGGCGAAGGGAGAGGGAAAGUAGAGGGAAAAAGCAGCGGCGAAAAUGCAGACAAUCCUUUGGCUGCGAAUCAAAAUCGAAUAGCCACUGUACAGUGUACACAUAAAAUUUGUAUGUAUAUUUAUUUAUGGGGAGUGGAACACUGGUGGAUGGCGUUCGUCGCUGGUUUCAACGCCGCUCUUCAACCUCCUCCACUACCACCACCACCACCAACAAUGACUCCAACAAUGCCGCAAUCCUUGCUUCUUGUGUAUUUGUGACCGAAGUCCACGCUCAAUCCUCAGCUUCAGCCACACAGCCUCGUCCUCAUCAUCAAAAACGACAGCCACAAGACCCGGAAGCAGCCCCUGCUUUGACGCUCAUCAAAGUCCCCAAACGACGACCCAUGGAUCCUCACAAGAAGGGCAUGCCAGAAACAGAAUUCUUCACAGAAUAUGGAGAGGCGAGCAGAUACCAAGUCCAGGAAGUUGUUGGCAAAGGAAGUUAUGGUGUUGUUGGCUCUGCAAUUGAUACCCACACUGGAGAAAAGGUUGCAAUCAAGAAGAUUAAUGAUGUCUUUGAACAUGUCUCUGAUGCUACACGGAUUCUAAGAGAAAUCAAGCUCUUACGGUUGCUUCGGCAUCCGGAUAUUGUAGAAAUAAAACAUAUCAUGCUCCCGCCUUCUCGAAGAGAAUUUAGAGAUAUUUACGUUGUUUUUGAAUUGAUGGAAUCUGAUCUUCAUCAAGUAAUUAAGGCAAACGAUGAUCUUACUCCCGAGCACUAUCAAUUUUUCUUGUACCAGCUUCUUCGGGGUCUAAAAUAUAUACAUACAGCAAAUGUGUUUCAUCGAGAUUUGAAGCCAAAAAAUAUUCUUGCUAAUGCCGACUGCAAGUUGAAGAUUUGUGAUUUUGGGCUUGCUCGGGUGUCAUUCAAUGAUGCACCAUCAGCUAUUUUCUGGACAGACUAUGUUGCAACCCGAUGGUACCGUGCUCCUGAACUUUGUGGCUCCUUUUUCUCCAAGUACACUCCUGCGAUUGAUAUUUGGAGCAUAGGAUGCAUAUUUGCAGAAAUGCUUACAGGAAAACCGCUGUUUCCGGGGAAAAAUGUAGUGCACCAGUUGGAUCUCAUGACUGAUUUGCUUGGCACUCCUUCUGCUGAAUCAAUCGCAAGGAUUCGGAAUGAGAAGGCAAGAAGAUAUCUAAGUACCAUGCGUAAAAAACCAUCCAUUCCCUUCUCACAAAAAUUCCCUGAUGCUGAUCCGUUGGCUCUUCAUCUAGUGGAACGUCUCCUUGCAUUUGAUCCUAAAGAUCGUCCAACUGCUGAAGAGGCUUUAGCUGAUCCGUAUUUUGAUGGUUUGGCAAAUGUAGAUCGUGAACCUUCCACUCAACCCAUUUCAAAACUUGAGUUUGAGUUUGAGAGAAGGAAAUUAACAAAAGAUGAUGUUAGGGAGUUAAUAUAUCGAGAGAUCCUAGAGUAUCAUCCCCAGAUGCUGCAGGAGUAUCUUCGUGGUGGAGAUCAAACUAGCUUCAUGUACCCGAGUGGUGUUGAUCGGUUUAAGCGACAGUUUGCUCAUCUUGAAGAGCAUUAUGGUAAAGGUGAAAGAAGCACUCCACUCCAGAGGCAGCAUGCUUCCUUGCCUAGAGAGCGGGUUUGUGCACCUAUUAAUGAGGCUGCUGAUGAAAAUAAGGAAUUUGAAAAGCGUUCUGCUGCCUCUGUUGCUACAACUCUUGAGAGUCCUCCAAAAGCUGAGGGUUUAGAGAAAGGAAAUGUAGAAAAUGGACCCAGCAAGCCAAACCAAAGUGCUCGUAGCCUAUUGAAGAGUGCUAGUAUUAGUGCUUCCAAGUGUAUAGGUGUGAAGGAACAAAAAGAUGUUGAGGAGGAAACAAUUGUCGAGCACGAUGAUGAGGGUGUCAAUGGGUUAUCCCACGACUUAGCAGCUCUCAAUUCCUGAUUUCAAACUUUUAACCUGAUGAGUUGGAAAGAAUCAGAUGGCUUAAUUGUUGUGCUCUGCCCAAUUUUACCCGGUCUAUGUGGGUCAACAGUGCUUCACAAGGGCCCAUGCUGAAGAUCUUCACAUUGUUUCAGCUAGAAACUAACGGUAGGAUUCAAUUGUUACUAUGUGUUGUUACAUUAGAGAGAAGAAUUGCCCUCUUAUUAAUUGAUACAGAAACAUGUUUUGGAGGAAUCCAAUGUGUAUUUCUGCCAUUUCAGAGAUCUCAGUAAUUAGUUCAAUGCUACUGGGAGAAAACAGUUGUUUGAAGAAGCAGAAAAUUGUUGUAUUAUUUUUUGAAGACCAUAUGAGAAAUACAGAAUUAUUGUUUAAAUGUUUUGGCUCCAUUCAAUGAAGGUAUAUAUUACCAGUUUGAUACAA